AUGGAGUGGUUGUGUGUGGUGAUGUUUCUGAUCAGUGGUCCGUCAUCUGCCAGCGCUCAGUUCAACGGAUACAACUGUGAUGCCAACUUUCACAGCCGCUUCCCUGGUGAGAGGGAUAUCAGUGUGUUCUGCGGUGUCCAGACCAUCACCUUAAAGAUCAACUUCUGUCCGGUGCUGUACUCGGGCUACACCUCGGAGGACCUGGCUCUGAACGGUCGCCACGGAGAUGCCCACUGUAGAGGCUUCAUCAACAACAACACCUUCCCCACCGCCGUACUGUUCAGCAUCAGCCUCAACACACUAGAGGCAUGCGGAAACACACUGCAGGUGUCAACGGGGCCAGGUGUGAAUGCGUACGGUAACGCCUCAUUGGUCCAGAUGGGAAACGUCUCGGGAUUCGUCGAUACGCCCGACCCGACUCCGCCGGCUCUCAUCAGCUACCUGCCUGGACUACUGUACAAGUUCAGCUGCAGCUACCCACUGGAGUACCUGAUAAACAACACACAGCUAGCCUCGUCUUCUGCUGCAAUAUCGGUGAAGGAUGGCAAUGGCACAUUUGUGGGCACGCUCAGUUUGGUACUAUUCAACGACUCCAACUAUCUCCACUUGUUGUCGGUGCCUGUUGGGGGUUUAGCUCUCAAGACGCGAGUGUUUGCAGCCAUCAAGGCCACUAACCUGGACCGCAGAUGGAACGUCCUGAUAGACUACUGUUAUGCCACCCCCUCGGGAAACCCCACCGAUGACACCAGACACGACCUUUUCUUCGGGUGCCAUAAGGAUCCCCAGACGACGGUGCUGGAGAAUGGGAAGAGCCAGAUGGGCCGCUUCUCCUUCGAGGUGUUCCGCUUCCUCAAGCACCGCAACCAGAGGACCUCCACCAUCUUCCUGCACUGCAUCACCAAGCUCUGCAGAAUGGAGGACUGCCCUGCACUAGUGCCCAUCUGCAGUCGGAGGAGAAGAGAGGAGGCAUCUGUCAGGAGGUCAGAUGAAAGGUCAAAGUUCACUCGGGAUGCAGGAAACACUGUCAUUACAGCAGGACCCAUCAUCACACACAACGAUGAAACCCUCAGCAAUAACUCAGAACUGGUGUUGCGUGGGUCGUCUGCGUUGCGUCUGGAUGUGGUGACGUCUGCUCUGCUGUCGGGAGUGGUGGUGCUGGGGGUGACCUGCCUCGCCCUCUUCCUCUUCCUCAUGCAGUUACUACGGCGACCGCCCAUCCUCACCGGCCCCGCCACACACAACCCCACACACAAAUAACACACACACAUAACCACACACUCUAAUAACACACGCACAACCAUACACACAAAUAACACACACACAA